GGCGCGGUCGCCCCGCCCCUCCACCCCUUGACGUGGCAGAGGCGGCACCAGCCAUGUUGGCCCAGCGGUGUUCUGAGCGGAGGCCGGGGGCGGGGCGGCGCCGGCUGUGAUUGCAGUGCCACGGUUGCUCUGGGUCGGCUGAAGGGACCGAUUUUGCAAGGUGGUGGCUGCGGCCGGCGCGGAUCUCGUUCGGAGGCCCUGGGAAGUAAGCAUCACGCACUACGAUGACAACGUAUUUGGAAUUCAUCCAACAAAAUGAAGAACGAGAUGGAGUCCGAUUUAGUUGGAAUGUUUGGCCAUCAAGUCGACUGGAAGCUACAAGAAUGGUCGUUCCAGUAGCAGCCCUAUUUACACCACUGAAGGAGAGACCUGAUUUACCACCUAUUCAAUAUGAACCUGUUCUGUGUAGUAGGACCACUUGCCGUGCAGUUUUGAAUCCUUUAUGUCAGGUGGAUUAUCGAGCAAAACUCUGGGCUUGCAACUUUUGUUAUCAAAGGAAUCAGUUUCCACCUACUUAUGCUGGUAUAUCUGAACUGAAUCAACCCGCUGAGCUUUUACCUCAGUUUUCUAGCAUCGAAUAUGUAGUUCUGCGUGGUCCUCAGAUGCCUUUGAUAUUCCUCUAUGUGGUUGAUACUUGCAUGGAAGAUGAAGAUUUACAAGCCCUGAAAGAAUCUAUGCAGAUGUCAUUAAGUCUUUUACCACCUACAGCCUUGGUUGGACUUAUUACUUUUGGGAGAAUGGUACAGGUUCAUGAACUUGGAUGUGAGGGCAUUUCAAAAAGCUACGUGUUCAGAGGAACAAAAGACCUGUCUGCCAAACAACUUCAGGAAAUGCUGGGACUCUCUAAAGUACCUGUUACUCAAGCAACACGUGGUCCUCAGGUACAGCAGCCACCUCCUUCCAAUAGAUUCUUGCAGCCAGUACAGAAAAUAGACAUGAAUCUCACAGAUCUUCUGGGAGAACUGCAGCGAGACCCUUGGCCUGUACCACAGGGAAAGAGACCCUUGCGUUCCUCUGGAGUGGCACUCUCCAUAGCUGUAGGACUACUUGAGUGUACUUUUCCCAACACUGGUGCUCGUAUCAUGAUGUUCAUUGGUGGUCCAGCCACUCAAGGGCCCGGAAUGGUGGUUGGUGAUGAACUGAAGACACCUAUAAGAUCAUGGCAUGAUAUUGAAAAAGACAAUGCCAAAUAUGUUAAAAAGGGAACUAAGCAUUUUGAAGCAUUGGCUAAUCGAGCUGCUGCGACUGGUCAUGUUAUCGAUAUCUAUGCAUGUGCGUUAGAUCAGACAGGUCUCCUGGAGAUGAAAUGCUGUCCCAACCUUACUGGAGGAUACAUGGUAAUGGGUGAUUCUUUCAACACUUCCUUAUUCAAGCAGACUUUUCAAAGAGUCUUUACCAAAGAUAUGCAUGGACAGUUUAAAAUGGGCUUUGGUGGUACGUUAGAAAUAAAGACCUCAAGGGAAAUAAAGAUUUCAGGAGCUAUUGGACCCUGUGUGUCUCUCAAUUCUAAAGGACCUUGUGUAUCUGAAAAUGAGAUAGGAACAGGUGGCACUUGUCAAUGGAAGAUAUGUGGACUCAGUCCCACUACAACCUUAGCUAUCUAUUUUGAGGUUGUCAAUCAGCAUAAUGCUCCAAUUCCUCAAGGAGGACGUGGUGCAAUCCAGUUUGUGACUCAGUAUCAGCAUUCAAGUGGGCAGAGACGCAUCCGAGUGACCACCAUCGCUAGGAACUGGGCAGAUGCUCAAACUCAAAUCCAAAACAUUGCUGCAUCUUUUGACCAGGAGGCAGCUGCCAUUCUUAUGGCCCGGCUGGCAAUCUAUAGAGCAGAAACAGAGGAAGGACCAGAUGUUCUCAGAUGGCUAGACAGACAGCUCAUUCGACUGUGUCAGAAAUUUGGAGAGUAUCACAAAGAUGAUCCAAGUUCCUUCAGAUUUUCAGAAACUUUCUCCCUUUAUCCACAGUUUAUGUUUCAUUUAAGAAGAUCUCCUUUCUUACAAGUUUUUAACAAUAGUCCUGAUGAGAGUUCAUAUUAUCGUCACCAUUUUAUGCGUCAAGAUUUGACCCAGUCUCUAAUUAUGAUUCAGCCUAUUCUGUAUGCAUAUUCUUUUAGUGGACCCCCAGAGCCGGUUCUUCUUGAUAGCAGCAGCAUUCUUGCAGAUCGCAUUCUUCUCAUGGACACGUUCUUCCAGAUUUUGAUUUAUCAUGGUGAGACCAUUGCACAGUGGCGCAAGUCAGGAUACCAGGACAUGCCAGAAUAUGAAAAUUUCCGCCAUCUUCUACAAGCCCCGGUGGAUGAUGCACAGGAGAUUCUUCACUCCAGAUUUCCGAUGCCGAGAUACAUCGACACUGAACAUGGAGGUAGCCAGGCCCGUUUCCUGCUUUCAAAAGUCAACCCUUCCCAGACUCAUAAUAAUAUGUAUGCCUGGGGACAGGAGUCUGGAGCACCUAUUCUUACAGAUGAUGUUAGUUUACAAGUGUUUAUGGAUCACUUGAAGAAACUUGCUGUGUCAAGUGCUGCUUGAAGUGCUAAACAUAUUAAGGACACUUAAGAGGAUGAAAUAAUAUUUCAAUUUCCUUUUUUUCCUUUUUCAUUUUAUCUGUGGAAACCAACAGAGGUAUCUCUCUAGACUCUAUGGUUUAAGACAACAUGUGGAAAAAUGUUCACAUUUGUAGAUUAAGCUGGAAUAUAAGAGCAAUAAGAAUAAAUUUAUUUUGCUUGCCACAGUAUUAUGACUGGGUUUAGAAAUCUGAGAUCUUUAUAACUUAAUUAUGUUAAAGAGUAAAAAUAGAGUUGGCCUUGUACUACAGAGAUAGAACUCAUUUGUGUAUUGCAGAAAAAUCCAAAGUGGCACUGAAUGUCCUUGCUGAUUUUUUGAAAACUUGUUUCUUGGUUUUAACCAGAAAGUAAA